AUGCCGGAAUCCCAGCAAGCCGAGGCCCAGACAGCGGAGGCCCAGACAGCGGAGGCCCAGACAGCGGAGGCCCCGCAGGUUGAUGCCCCCGUGGCCGUCUCGGACGUAAACGUCAUCGCCGUCAAACCGCACAAGUCAACCAAGAAGAACGAGUACCGGGUGCUCUGUUGCGGCAACUCGUGGCAAGACCUCCUCAUCAUCCCCGUGUGCCUCAUGGGCGUCUACACGAUGCUCGGUGCCAUCUUCGCGCUCUGCACGCGUGCAGUGCUGCAGACGGACGACACCAACACGGCGCUCUGGACGUUCUUCGUCUUCUACGCCUUCUUCCUCUUCAUGCUCGCGCUCGUGCUGGCGGCUGUAGCGUACAACCGCAAGAUGCUGAAAGAGCACGAAGACGCCGAUCCGGAAGAGCUGUAA